ACAAUGCAUCAUCGCUGCAAACCCAUCUCUAGCAUGCUUGUAUCCUGGUCGUGAUCUGAAGUCAUUGCCGCAUAGAAGCUCUUGCCAGUCUGAUAUUUUAAACCAUGAAAAUGGUGAAGUACUGAAGAUUAAAUGCACUCUGCAGUACAGUAAUUACACUGUAAGCGGGACGGGCCUUGCAUCAUGUCAUCCAACGACCAGGAUUUUGACUUUGAUGAAUAUGACAAACCCGGUGCUGAGCGGUCACGCAGAAGGAGAGGUGAAGAUCAUGAUCUUGAGAGUGAUUUGGAAGAGGAUUUGUUGGAAGAGGACUGGCUGUCAGGUAAAAAGAAUCCAUCAGAAAUGUCAGAUGAAGAGCUGAAUGAUGAUCUUCUCAGAAGUGAUGAUGAAGACGUAGAUCAAAGUGGUCAGGAUAUCAGCCUCAAUGCCACAUAUACCCUGGGCACAUCCUAUGACCAGCAGGAUAACUCACAGGAAGCAGACUAUACCGAUGACGUUGUGAACCUCGGUGCAGAGGGCUGCGAAGAAGGGGAUGUGGAGGAGGCGGAAGAGUACCAGCAAGAGGAUGAGGCAUAUAGAGAGGAAUAUGGCCAAGAAGAUGGUGCAGAGAUUUCCGAAGGCCAAAUGGGUUACGCCGGAGAGCCAGCAGAGGCUGACGACGACUAUCAGGAUGGUGUGCUAAACAUCCAAAUCAAUGAGCCUAUUGAUGGUGAAUUUCAAGAUGAAGAAUACGAAACCCCCUAUGGUGAUGAGCCUCUUGAUGAAGAUGGAGCCCAGCAGGAGGAGGGAGCAGGGGAGGACACAGAGGAGGUGGAGGGAAAUCAGCAGAAUGAAGACACUGCUGAAGGGAAUCGAGUCUAUGACAUGGAGGAGGGUGAAAAUGAGGCUGUGCGAGAAGAAGAAGAAGAAACAAAGGAGGAAUCGGAUGAAGAAGACGAGGAAGAUGAAGAGUCUGGCCGCAUAAGGUUCAAAUCUGAAAGAAAGGAGGGCGUUGUUGUGCGCCUGGCAGAUGCAGGCUCCAAAAGGCGGAACAUCCCUGAAACACUAGAACUGUCAGAGAAGGCCAAGCGAGAUUUGAUGGAAUUCGAGGAGCAAGAACGGCAGAAGAAACAAAAUCGUCACGGAGGCAGAGGCCGAGGUGGGGGACGAGGAGGCAGAGGAAGAGGAGGCUUCCCAGGGUUUGAAAUGGGAGACUAUAGAGGAGGAAACCGAGGAAGAAUGAACGACCAGAGAUUCCCCCCGAUGGGAAACAUGGGCAUGCAGCAGUCCUCGCGAAUGCUUCCUCCUCAUCAGUCUCAUCAGCAGCAGCUGCAUUCCCCGCAGCACCACCCCUCACGUCCAAGCGGACCGCCUCACUUCCAAGAUCACGGGCGUCCGCUUCCUCAGCAGCCCCUUCAGCCCCUCAUCCCUCCGCACAUGUCUCAUCGCUCCCCGCCGCUGCGACCUCAGAUGGAGCCACCACCACGACUGAUGAAUUCCCCGCCACCCAACUUCCCUCCACAUCACCAGCAACAGGCUCCACAACCCAAGAACAUCCACAUUAACCCCCACUUCAGAGGGCCUGCAACGUCACCCGUUCAAGUGCCCUUGAUGCCUCCUGCUCAGAGCCAGCCCAGACCUGCUGUGGGUCCUCAGAGGUUCCCUGGACCGGGAGACUUUCAGCAGCACAUGCCUGGUAAUUUUGGUCAGCCCCAGCGGCCCCCUCAUCACAUGGAGCCUUUUAGGAACCAGCCACCUCAAGGCCCCCAGGACAGAGAACCCCUCUUUAUGGGAGAGCGCACAGAUUCAACACGGUUUCCAGGGCAGCACAUGUUUGAUCACCAGGGCCCCGGCCCUCUGAUGAACAGCAGCAACAACCUCCACCAGCAGCAGCUGCCCAGCCAGGGCCACAUGGGCUUCGGCCCACCAGGACCAGCCUUCAACCACCCGGGCCAGGGCCCGCUUGGACUGUUUGGGAGAGAACCCCCAAGACACAACAUCCCUCCCCACCAAAAUCACCCGGGAAUGGUGAACUUAAAUCAACAAGGUGGACCCCCCAACCAGCCCAGGCCUUUCAUGGGCCCUCGUCAAGCUUUUGGCCAACAGGGGAACCUUUUCCCUCCUACACAAGUUCCGUUUGGGAUGCAGGUACGACUAAGAGGCUUAAUGCACGGCCCUCCUGUUUCCCAGCUUCCACAUCAUGAUCCGCUGUCACCCCAUCAGCCCAUGCACCAGCAGCAGCAACACCAUAGGCAGGACUUACCCCACCAUCCGCAGCCGCAGCUAAAUCUCGGUGAGCCUCGCCCCAUGAUGCACCAUGGCCAGAAUCCUUUCCAUCAGCAGCAGGGGCAUGGCAGCCCAAGGCAGAUGAAUCCCCGCCCUCUGAACCCCCAACAGCGCCACAUGUCUAACAGGCAGAGAAUGAACACACCUGUCUCCAAGCAAAUGCAGCAGCGCAACAGCAACCUACGUGAGCUCCCUGUAGCACCUGGCAACACAAACACGAACAGCGCCCGCCCUGCCACCACCCCCACCUCCCCCGCUGCCAACAUCAAGCCUGUUGCCAGGACAACACAGGGGAUGCGUCCUGGGCAGAACACUCAGCCGAUGCCUGACGGUGGCAAAGGAAGAGGCCAAGCUGUUGCGAAGACUGAAUCACAGCCUGAGGGAGCAGGCAGGACAGUUGUUCGCAAGGAAAUUCCACGCACGCCGUCCGGCGUGACACCACAGGAUCCUGAUGAGGAUGAGGAGACACGGCAGUAUCGUCUGAAGAUUGAGGAGCAGAAGCGUCUGAGAGAGGAGAUUCUAAAGAGGAAGGAGAUGCGACGGCAGAUGCAGGCUGGUGUCAGGAAGAAGGAGCUGCUUGAAAGACUUAAUGCCCAGGCACCAAGCCAAGGCACCACUACUACACAAGCUCAGCCCGAGCAACCAAAUAAGCAAAUACCGCACCCUGUACCUCCAGCACAACAGCAGCAGCAGCAGCAGCAACAGGCGCAGCAGCAACCACCACUAGAACACAAACCACAACAGCAACUACAACCACAACCGCAACAGCAAAGACAGUUUCCUCAGAGAACACAACAAUCAGUAAAUCCCACAUUAAAGACUGUCAAUAUAGGUAACACCAUCCCUCCCAGCAGUGCUGCUCAAACCCCCGCGCCCCGUCCCAAUGUCAAGACACGGCUGCAGAUGGUAAAAGGCAGCAUUCAGCAGCAACAGCCUGCCCGGCCUGUUAAGCAACCCCAACAAAAUCAGCUGCAGCCAGUGCAGCAGCGAAGGAACAGCGCUUUGCAGAACGUAAACCGAUCUGGUGCUCCGAUCCAAACCGUUCAAGUUCCUCAAAGGAACGUACCUGAUACUCCUUCAGCGAGUCCAGCCCUGGCUCAGGCUCAAGGACCUAAACUCGGCGCUAAAAGAACUGUGAUGCAGCGGGCAAGGAGUACUAGCUUCGAGCGCCAGCAGGUGCCGCAAAAAGUCAGAGUCGUCAAACUUUCAGGAGCGAGUGGAAAGGGGCCUGAGGCCACAAGCAGCCCAGUACAGGAACAAGGCGCCUGGCCAGCAGCUACGCUCAACCAGGGCAUCCAAAGGAAAGUUACCAUGACAGGACAACAGCAACAGGGACCAGGUGGACCGUCACAGGCUAGCCGCGGGGGCAUGGGCAACCCACAACAAAACAGGGUUGUUGUGUCAGGCCGGGGCCGAGGUAGAGGGGGUAGCCAGAUGGGUCGAGGUCGUCCGAUGCCCACCAGACAGAGCCAAAAGACUGCUGAGAGUGAGCGCUGCACUGUGUCCAUUGAAGGCCUCUCCUCAUCUACAACCGAUUUGCAGCUUCAGAACCUUCUGAGGUCCAUCGGCCCCAUAAAGACUUUCAAAAUGAUGCCCCAGCAGAGGAAAGCAUUUGCUACAUUUUCCAGUCCCCAACAUGCAGCAAGUUUCCAAAUGAGCUUCCACAGGCACAUGAUUGAUUUGUCCCACAUUGAUGUGUCGCUGAUUGACGGAUGAGGAGCGUUAUAAAGCCAGCGGGUCCUUUUGCAAGAAGUCGCUCUCUCCCAACGCCGGAGGGUCUCCUGCACAGCUCCAACCUGGUCUACAGAUACUUCUCCAUUUCUUUUGGGGGUCACUAACAUUCAACGCCUCUGCACAUCAUUCAUCAAGUCGUCUCCCAUCGAGCUGGGACAGUGAACACAAAGACAUUUAGCUGAGAGCAUGCCUGUGUUUGACUUUUUCUACCAAGUGUCUGCAGUUGUGAAAAUGGCACUGGAGAGAUACUGGAUACCUUCUGCUAUUUCAAUGUAGUUUGUGAGGAAUGUUUAUUUUGCAUCUGACACGGACACUAUAAGUAGAGCUCGUCACGGGAUAAUGGUUGCUCCCCUCUUUAGUGAAAUCCUUCGUGACAAAUGACACUUGAACGCUGUGAUUCUAACGUGACCACUUAAUAGAAUUUUUUAUGUUAUUAGUGGUGUGGUGCUCAUGCAGGGGGACUGGUUGUGGUGGGAUGCGGUCAGCCUGUUCAUGCAGUGGGUCUCCCCUGUCUGUAGAUGGCAGUAUUUUAUCACUAUUGGUGUUUCAGUCUUUCUCUCGUAGCCCUGCAUUCGGGUAGCUGUGAAGUCUGUUUUUUGGUCUAUGGCACUACCUAGUGGGGUUCCUGCAUAUAGGCAGAGAGGUGUCCUGGUUGUGGUGAUUCAAGAUGUCAUAGCAGGCUGUGAUUAUUUUUUUGCUAAAUUCCCUGUGGUUUAAAGAAUUGUAAAUGUGGGCACUGUUGAGUUGAUUUCUCCUGUUUUUCAGUUUUAUUGUUGCUUACUAAGUCCUUUCUAUAUCUCUCUCUCCCUGUCUCUCUCUCUCUCGUUUAAGUUAGUUGGUUAUUACUCAGCUUUUAACUGUUAACUAGAAAACAUUGUGGAUGAACCUUUCAUGCCUUGUUUGACCUGCAUUUUAGUUGGAUGUCUGAUUAUGAAGUAGUUAGAUUUAGGUUGUGCCGAGUGUGCUUUGUGCCAGUGAGUAUGUAGACAUGUUUUUUGAGUUUUCUUUCUUUCUUUUUAAUGAGCUUGGCAGGGUAUUUGACAUUGUUGGUAGAUGGAAAAGAACUGUUUCCAGUUCUCUGCAGGAUAAACAGACAUUUCUGUGAAGUUCCUCGAGGAUACAUUCCUUACUCUCCUCUGGAAUUGGAAUAAGUUUGGAAAUAUUUACCCAAAUUUGAGUGACUAUCAGCUUGGUGCCUUAUUGAUCAGUAAGCUGCACAGCAGACUGUUUUUGCUUCACGCAGAGUGGUCAGUUUGGAUAAAAGAGGAGGAAAUAUAAACAAAAUUCACCUUAAUACUUUGCCCUGGAGACUGUAGAGAGAUACAUUUCCUAAAUACACUAAUUUCUCUUUUGUCAGUUUUACACAUUUUUUCCAAGGCAUCACUUACUAGCUCGUCACAUUUUAAAUUUUUUUGUUAUUCAGAUUUUUUUUCUCCUCAUCACAAAAUUGUUUGUGUACUGUAGUUGUAAAAAUGUGUUAAAAGUUUAAAUGCAGACGUUUUUUCACAUCGAAGACUGAAAUUGUUUUAUAUGCAUUAUUCAAAGGGACGAGACAGAACAACGAGAGGGGGCAACCAUUACCCGCGUAGUGAUCAUGUGCAUAAGUCAGGCUUUCACUCGAUAUUUAACUCGUUAAAUUUUUUUGAGUUCACUCACGUUGUAUCAGGAAAAACAGCUUUUAUAUGUAAAGGAUAUGCUGAAGUGUCCAGAUACAAGUCAUUUUUACAAGUAUUUUGUUUGUAUUUUCAAACGAGGAAUGACUGGACCACAUUUGUGUUAAACAAUACAUUUGACAAAAAGUUUAAGGUAAAAAGAAAAAACGAACAAAUAACCAAAAACAAAAGUGUAAAUAAAAAUAUGGCCAAUAUACCGUGAACAUGCAGGUAUGUGAAGCCACUUGAACUUUAGCCCAAAGACGUGUGGUUGUGUGUGAUGUCCAUGUGUUAUGUGCCUUUAUGAUAACGUAGUUUUCAUCUUCUGUGCCACACUUUCUACUCUUUUGUACUUUUUAACGUAUUCUGUAAGUUUGGGGGUUUUAACUAUGCAACAUAUGACGCAAAUGCGUUUGGAAACUUGCGUAUUUUCCUGGGAUGAACCACUUUUUAAAGUAAUUUUUGAUUUUGUAGGUUUAUAGAUGCAAAAAAAAAAACCCCAAAACAAAAAAUGAGCAGUAUUAUGGCAACAGAUACUACCUCAAAGUUGAAGGGGAAUAUCACUGAAUUUAUUUCCUUAAAUGAGAAAUUUUGGCCUGAAAAUUUAGCAUUGAUGUCAUCUGAAUGUGCAGCUCCAUAAAAUGAGAAGCAUUGCUACUCGGCUGGUAGGGAAAAAGUACGAGUUUUAUGCCAAAAAAAGGUCACCGCUUUUAUUUUAUUCUUUUAAUCUGUCUGGAAGUCUGUUCCCAGCUGUGCCUCUAGGUGGCGCUACAGAUUAACCUCCCUGAUUUUGCGGUUUGAGAAAUGUGUACUAAUUGGCUUCUCUGUCCUGUCUGCAUGUGUUGAAUCACAUCACAAAUUUAGUGGUAUUUCCCUUAUGUUACUUGAAGUUACUAAUAAUCCAUAAAGGUUUAAAAUAAGCCACCAGUACAUUCUCAGCAAGUAUCCAAAGUAUUCGGUCCCCCAAAUUUCCUCUUCUUCAUAUAAACAGUCAAGUUCUGCCGUUUCUUUAAAUUAUUUAUUGUUUUAUUUAUUUUUUUGUAUGUUGCAGAAAUCUGGUUUAUUUAUGUUUUAUUCUUUUUUUGUUUGACAUUUUUGAGCUUUUUCUGUGUAUUGACGGUUAUGUAUUUAUUGUCUUUCAUGUUGUGGGUUACUUGCUCGAGUUUUAGUGCUACGCUAAAUCCUGUGGAUUUGAAAGAGUAACGGCAAUGCCAGGUCGUAGUCAUAUUGUUAUAAGACGUCAGGUCUUUUAAUGCCAGAACAGAUUCAUAUUGAAUCUUAUCUUGUACCUUAAUGUGAAGAAUUUCAUACAGACGUGUACUGUGAAUUUUUAAAAGUGAUUAAUUUUAAUUGGGGGAAAAAAGGCUUAUUUAAGCUACAGCAUGUUUUUCCAAACAUGCCACCUCAUAUGGUUGUAGUAGGUAUUUAACAUAGAAGGGCUUGCCUGUCAGAUGUGAAUGCAGCUUUCUUAUGCUUGCAUAAGAAACCUCCAUAAAGGCUGCUGAUGAUUAUAGUGAGAAUAUUUAGCAUAUUUGGGUCAAAGGUUGAGUUUUGCACAGCACUAACUUGUAACUUUUUUUAACAGGUACAUUUAAGGUGCAGAGUCGCUGAAUUAAUCACUGAAUUCUGUCUUUUUCUUCAGAUCAAAUCCUCUACCAUGGAGCAGAGUGACAAAUGCAUUUUUAAAAGCAAAUUUAAGAGGCCAUACCAAAGGUUUAACAUGUUUUAGUCAAUCAACAAAGUGCAUUUGCGAGUGACCUGAAAUUAAGCAGGCUGUUUAUAUUAAUUUGCUAAAAGUAUCCCCUGUUUAUGUUGCUAAUGUAAUCAUCUGAGGCCUUUUCCCAGAAACCUAUCUGGUCAUUUAACAUCAUAUAACCUCACCCAGUUUCUCAAAGCCUUUGUUGUUCUGCUAGAAAAAUAAUCAACCUGUUUUCUGAGCAGGGAAUUCUUCAAGGAUCUUUUUUAUUUUUUACAGAUAAUAUCAGUUCAGUUUUAUUUGUAGACUUCCAAUUCACAACAACAGUUUGCUUAAGGCGCUUUAUAUUCUAAGGUAAAGACCCUACAGCGAUGCAGAGAAAAGCCCAACAAUCAGACGACCCCCUAUGAGCGAGCACUUGGUGACAGUGGAGGGGAAAAACUGCCUUUUAACAGGAAAACUAAAGAAAAGUGUUAAAUGACCUGUGACUGAUUCAGUCAUUAACUAAGAGGUUGAGUAAAAGCAUGAAACACCUCUGGUGUGGUCCCACACUUGCUCUUGUGGUGCUCUUUGUUUGAUCACACUUGGUGGCACGAUGGUGCAGUUGAGAUUUGAUUCACCUGACGUGACCGCCAGCCAUCUCAGGUGCGAGUACAACAGAGAGACAUCUGUAACUAACGCAUACUUUUACUUUAUUUUAACAGCGUGCCAGUAAGAGGAGCCAUUGACCAGCUUAAACCAUGAUACUGCCUUAACUCAUUUGCUUAACACUUCACGUUCUUUCACAGCCUCGCCAUCUCUGGCCCCGAGAUGAAGAUUUCAUUUCCCUCACUUGACAGUUGUUGGUGCGUUCAGGUUAUCGGGCCUGUCGCUUUUUUCCUAACCGCUUUUCCUGCUGUCACUGUUCUUUCAACUUGACCGUAUCUCGUCUUUUCCUUCCCGCUGCUGUUCUUCAAUGAACUUAAAACUUCUGUAUCAAGCAGGGUGGCCUGCCCGGAUUACCAUUGUUUGUUAGCCCAGUGGAUGGAGGUUUCCAUCUGUGUGACGACAGCCGGGUUCACUGAGCAGACACAUAAACCUCUAAAGCAAGCUGCUUCAUGGCUUUCACUGCACCAAAGGUCAUUCCAGCUUCUUGACACUCACUGUUUGGUUGGAGUUUUAACACAAAGACACUGCACUGGUUUCGUCAUCUCGAACUGUAUGGUGCACCAAAUGACUGUAAACCCAGCCCGUUGGGUUCUGACCAAAACAAAAAGCAAACUUUGAAGACAUCUCUGUGUUUUUCACACUCGUGUCAUAAGAAGGAAUCAUGUUGUGUUUGAAUUAUUCUGAAAUGAUUGUGCAAUUUGUUCUGAUGCUGUAAAAAUGGGAUUUUUCUACUAUGACAUGAAGACUUUUAAAGAUACUUCAUUUUUUAAGUACAUUUAAGUUUUUAUUCUUUAUACCUCAAACUCAUGAAAAAUAAAAGUUUUUGAUGCA